UCCAAUUUCGAUGGAUGUAUCCAUUUGAGAGGUUCUUAUAUCAUUUGAAGAAAAAAGUGAAGAAUAAGGCAUGUGUUGAAGCUUCAAUUUGUAAUGCAUAUAUUGUGGAAGAAGUGACAACAUUUGCAUCAUACUAUUUUGAGCCGCACGUGCAGUGCAAGAGGCGGAGAGCAGGAAGAAAUGAUGAGGGUCCCAUCGAUCCCAAUUGCAAAUCAUUCUCUAUUUUCAAUUAUCUCGGUCGACCAAGCGGCGCAUGUCAGUUUCGUUGCUUAACAGGCGAAGAACGGCAGGCAGCCCAUACCUAUAUUUUACUGAACUGUCCAGAAGUGGAGCCAUACUUCCAGAUUUUUCAAAAUUCAAUGUAUGGACUACCACCAAAAGAGUUCGACCGUUUAUGCGAUGAACAAUUUGCAGCAUGGUUCAAAACAUAUGUUCACAGUAAUCAUGAUCAAGUUGAAGAGCAAGGAUUACUAUAUUAUCUGUCAUGGGGUCCACAGUCAAGCAUACGAAGUUGGCCAGCAUAUUUCAUAAACGGGUACAAUUUUCACACUCGAGAAUAUGGAAUGGAAAAAGCCACAAUGAAUAGUGGUGUGUGUGUUCGGUCAUCCAAUUGUGGUAGUUCAAAAGAUGAUUUUUAUGGCUUGUUGGAUGAAAUCAUCGAGAUAGAGUACCCCGGACCAUUAAUGCGGGUUGUGUUAUUUAAGUGCAUGUGGUUCGACCCCGUCAAAGGAACGAAGGUACAUACGAAGUUUAAUUUGGUUGAAAUAAAUCACAAGAAAAGGUAUAAGAAAUAUGAACCAUUUGUGUUGGCACAACAAGCAAUUCAAGUAUAUUAUGCAUCAUAUCCUAGUUUGAAACGUGACAAAGCUGAUUGGUGGGCUGUAUGUAAAACCAAAGCACGAAGAAAAAUCGAGGAACACUUGGAAGGAUACUGA